CACAUCAAGUUUGGUCUCAAUACGCCAAAACGUUGUCGAGAUAUAGCCUCACAUGCAUUUUUUGUGCUUUUCAUCAAAUUUGUUCAUGUGUCAUUUGAGAACGGUUGGACGAAUCAACUUGAAUUCCUAACUUUUUGCCAGAAUGGUCUGAAGUUGAUCUGAGACAAUUUUCGUGAAAAUCAACUUACCGUCUAGGACGUGUUUGAAAAAGUAUGUUUUUCGUACUGUGGGAUUACAAAUGUAUAAAAUUUUAAAUCUAGGUCCCAAUAUAAUAGUAGACUUUUUGGGGUAAUAAAGCUGACAUCCAAGAAGCUCAAAUCAGGAAAAUAAAGUGUCUGAGACAUUAACCUUUUGUCUUUGUGUUCUUUCUUGAAGCUCAAGGCUGUGCCUUUUGUCUCUAUGAUAAUGUGAAGGUAUCAGUGAUACUGUCAGGCACCUCUGUAUUUAAAUGACACUGUUAUGCUGAUAAGAUCAAGGCUGGGAAGAUGCCAGUGUCUGGUACUUUCCUUAUUGCAUUUGCAUGCUUUGUUAAAAUGGUCUCCACCUCUACUGUAUGGAUCCCUCCCACUUGAAUGUAUAUAAAAACUAUGAUGUCUUAAGGACAAGUUAGACUGUUGAUGACUGCAGCGCCAAGCAGAGCAUUCUCAAUAAAGAAUCCUGCUGAAGAUUACCCAAGAGUCUCCUGGUCUUCGUUUCUGAGUUCCCAACAGUUUUGGUGCCGUGACCCGGAUAGAGCUUCUCACCUGAAUCCAGAUUAAAACUGCAAUCUCAACAAAGAUCUGACUUCAUUCCAGACUGAAUCUUUCUUUACAACCAAUGGUUGAAUUCAUUGAAGAAAAAGAGGAAAAUGAAGAAUCAAGUGAAGUUGAGGAGAAAAAUCAUGUCAAAAUUGGCAGAAAACUUUCCAAGUACGGUAAGAGUUUCACACAAUCAUCAAACCUCAAGGAUCACAUGAAUAUCCACGCUGGAGAGAAGCAACACGCAUGUGAUCAAUGCGGUAAAAUGUUUUUAUGGGCUUCACUUCUGAAGAAACACUUGAAAGUUCAUGCAAAGAAGAAGCCACAGUCAUGUAAUUUGUGUGGUAAGAGUUUUUUGCAUCUACAAAGUUUGAAAGAACAUCAGAAAAUACAUACUGGUGAAAGAGAGUACAUGUGCGUUGAGUGUGAAAAGACUUUUAGUUCAGCAAGCAGAUUAAAACUGCACGAGAGGAUUCACACUGGAGAGAAACCUUACAAGUGUUCACACUGUGACAAGAGAUUCAAUCAAUCAGCAUAUCUGAAAACACAUGAGAGGAUUCACACUGGAGAGAAACCUUACAAGUGUUCACACUGUGACAAGAGAUUGAAUAAUUUAUCACAUCUGAAAACACAUGAGAGGAUUCACACUGGAGAUAAACCUUACAAGUGUUCACACUGUGACAAGAGAUUCAAUCAUUUAUCACAUCUGAAAACACAUGAGAGGAUCCACACUGGAGAGAAACCUUACAAGUGUUCACAUUGUGACAAGAGAUUCAAUCAUUUAUCAAGUCUGAAAACACAUGAGAGGAUACACACUGGAGAUAAACCUUACAAGUGUUCACACUGUGACAAGAGAUUCAGUGAUUUAUCAGGUCUGAAAACACAUGAGAGGAUUCACACUGGAGAUAAACCUUACAAGUGUUCACAUUGUGACAAGAGAUUCAAUCAUUUAUUAAGUCUGAAAACACAUAAGAGGUUCCACACUGAAGAGAAAAUUUAUAAGUGUUCACACUGUGACAAGAGAUUCAAUAAUUUAUCACAUCUGAAAACACAUGAGAGGAUCCACACUGGAGAUAAACCUUACAAGUGUUCACACUGUGACAAGAGAUUCUGUCAGACAAGAGAUCUGAAAAAACAUGAGAGGAUUCACACUGGAGAGAAACCUUGUAAGUGUUCACACUGUGACAAGAGAUUCAAUAAUUUAUCACAUCUGAAAACGCAUGAGAGGAUUCACACUGGAGAGAAACCUUAUAAGUGUUCACACUGUGACAAGAAAUUCAGUGAUUCAUCAACUCUGAAAAGACAUGAGAGGAUUCACACUGGAGAGAAACCUUACAAGUGUUCACACUGUGUCAAGAGAUUCAGUAAUUCAUCAAAUCUGAAAACACAUGAGAGGAUCCACACUGGAGAGAAACCUUACAAAUGUUCACACUGUGACAAGAGAUUCAGUCAGACAAGAGAUCUGAAACAACAUGAGAGGAUUCACACUGGAGAGAAAAUAAAUCACCGCAACGUACCUGGGAAGCGUUUCAUUAAGUCAUCUGUUAUACAAAAAAAAACAAAGACAGACCAGCCUGUGAUCUCCUAAGACACUCAGAUUCACCCCUGGUCACGAUCUGUCCCACACCUGUGUCUCAUCACAGUCCAUCCCCAGUGUCUGCACCCUGCAUACUGCCAAUAUUAUGGAUUUCUGUUCUGGAGAGAGAUGCCAUUCACAACAUAAUCUCUACACAAUAUCAAACUCAAAUAAUUUAGUCUUGCCAAACAGUUUCCCUGAUUUGUUACUUUUGACUUGACUUGAAGCAGUGCUGUGCAGACCGAUCGAAGUAUGACAUCACGGUACCAUGAGAGCAAUAAGACAGCUUCAUAUACUUUUGAAUCGCUCUCACCAUACUUUGUCAUAGUUUAAGCCGUGCUGCGCAGACCAAUUGAAGUUGAACAUAUCUGAAGUGUAAACUCUCACGGUCAGUUCUGGGUCUUGUGCAGUAAUAUGAUGAGCAGGUGUUUAGUGUCAUCACCUUACAUUAUUGAAAUGCUACAUUGACCUUGGGCCCGUUCUUCGUACGUCGCUAACUCAGUUAGCUGGAUUUGAUUGUUGACGAUUUAGCUUAGCUGUUUCCUUAUAAAAGUCCAGAAAUUUGUCGAGUUUUUCGUCGGGUGU